GAUUGGGCAGUUCAUCGUGUUGCCAUCUGUUCAGACCGCAGCAGUGUCAUUAGUAGCAUAACAGACAGGAGAAUGAGGAAAGUUAUCUUGGAAUUAAUUUUAUAGGAGCUUGGACCUAUAACAAGUAAUUGAAACUGCCCGAAUCAGUCCUGGGAUAGAUUGCAGACAUAGUGAGAUGAAUUUCUCUGAGAUUUUCAAACAGUCCAACCAACUAUGCAGAAUUUCCCCAGAUGGAAGAUACUUGGCUACGUGUGUUCAGUACCGGCUGGUGGUUAGAGAUGUAAACAGCCUGCAGAUCCUGCACCUCUACACCUGCCUGGACCAGAUAGUCCACAUGGAGUGGUCCUCCGACUCCCUCUUCAUACUCUGUGCCAUGUACAAGAGAGGCCUAGUGCAGGUGUGGUCACUGGAGCAGCCCGACUGGCACUGUAAGAUCGACGAGGGGUCAAUCGGACUGGUCUCCUCGCGCUGGAGUCCGGACGGGCGUCACAUUCUCAACACCACAGAGUUCCAUCUGAGGGUCACCGUGUGGUCGCUCUGCACCAAGGCUGUGUCGUACAUCAAGUACCCCAAGGCCUGCCAAAAGGGGAUUGAUUUCAGCAGGGACGGCAGCUACAUGGCCUUGGCCGAGCGGCGCGACUGCAAGGACUAUGUCAGCGUGUUUGUGUGUGAGGACUGGCACUUGCUCAGGCACUUUGAGACGGAGACCCAGGACCUGGCCGGGCUGGAGUGGUCUCCCAACGGCUGUGUCCUGGCGGUGUGGGACAGCUGUCUGGAGUACAAGGUGCUGCUCUACUCCCUGGAUGGACGGCUCCUCUCCAGCUUCAGUGCCUACGAGUGGUCCCUGGGGAUCAAGUCUCUGGCCUGGAGCCCCAGCAGCCAGUUCCUGGCCAUCGGCAGCUUCGAUGAGAAGGUCCGCAUAUUAAACCACAUCACCUGGAAGAAGAUCACAGAGUUUGAGCACCCAGCCACCAUCUGCUCCCCCAAAACGGUGGUGUACAAGGAGGUGGAGAAGAGGCCAGCCCUGUCCAUCCAAGACCUCUCCAGCCACAGCGUCAGCAGUGGCUGCCCUCUCCUCGCCGUGCAGAGCAAAUAUGAGAUCAGCCAGCCACCCUUCCAGAUCCCCGUGGUGAAGCCGGACCUGGACCGAGCCAACCCCAAGGUGGGGGUCUCCAGCCUGGCCUUCAGCGCCGACGGCCGGUACCUGGCCACCAAGAACGACAACAUGGCCAGCGUGGUGUGGGUGUGGAACAUGCAGAAGAUGAGCCUGGAGGCGGUGCUGGAGCAGACGGCGGCCGUGCGCUGCUUCCAGUGGGACCCCCGGCGGCCCCGGCUGGCGCUGUGCACCGGGACCCCCCGGCUGUACCUGUGGUCUCCUGCGGGCAGCGUCUCCGUGCAGGUCCCCAGCGAAGGGGGUUUCCAGGUCCAUGCUCUGAGCUGGCACAGCAACGGAGAUUCCCUGGUCCUCAUCGGAAAGGAGCAUCUGUGCCUCUGCUACAUGGACACCGAGGACAAGUCGACAGACUCCAAUAUUUGGACCAAAUAAAUAAACCGUCUUCAGUAGAGGUCCACAGUUUCACAUCCAUUAGGAAAACGAACCAACCACUUCAUGACCUGUGAGGUGAUGAUAUCACCAGAGUGGAGGCAGAAGGUCUGAUGUGAUGAAUGUGAGAGUUGAAGUGCUGGUCCUUUUACUUGGAGAUUGUGUUGACCACAUAGACUGUGCUUUGUUCUCAAUGAAUGUAUGAUAUUGAAACACUUCCAAUUGUCUGUGCGAGGACAACCUUUUCUGACCUUUAAUAUAUUCCUGAGCUCAUGGAUGGGACCUAUUUUGUAUAUUUGUUUGUCAUAGAAGUAUUUUUAAUAAACUUUGUAAAAAUACUG